GACGCGCUGCCGAGCCGGGGGGCUCCUCGAGCGCGGGGGCCAGGCGGGAAGGAGCGCGAGCUGCAGCUGCGGUCCGAGCGGGGCGUGCCGAGCCCCUGCGGCCACCCCGCGUCCCGGCCAUGAGGAGGGACGAGCGAGACGCCAAAGCCAUGCGGUACCCGCAGCCGCCGGACGGGGCCGGCUCGCCCCUCGAGAGUCUGAGGAACGGCUACGUGAAGGGCUGCGUGAGCCCCCUGCGGCAGGACCCCCCGCGCGGCUUCUUCUUCCACCUCUGCCGCUUCUGCAACGUGGAGCUGUUGCUGCCGCCGCCGCCGGCCUCCCCCCAGCAGCCGCGGCGCGGCUCUCCCUUCUCCCGGGCGCGCCUCUCGCUGGGCGCCCUGGCCGCCUUUGUCCUCGCCCUGCUGCUCGGCUCGGGGCCCGAGAGCUGGGCUGUCGGGGCCGCCCGGCUGCGGACCCUGCUGAGCGUCUGCUCGCACAGCCUCAGCCCCCUCUUCAGCAUCGCCUGUGCCUUCUUCUUCCUCACCUGCUUCCUGACCCGGACCAAGCGGGACCCCGGGCCGGGCCGGAGCGGUGGCGGCUCCUGGUGGCUGCUGGCGCUGCCCGCCUGCUGUUACCUGGGGGACUUCUUGGUGGGGCAGUGGGGGUCUUGGUCUUGGGGGGACGGAGACGCCGGGGCCCGGGCCCCGCACACGACCCCGGCGGUGGCCGGCAGGCUGUUCUUGGUGCUGAGCUGCGUGGGAUUGCUGACGCUCGCGCAGCCGGGGAGGCUCCGGCACAGCAUCCUGGUGCUGCUCUUCUCCGGCUUCGUCUGGUGGGUGUCCUUCACCAGCCUCGGGGCACUGCCUCCAGCCCUCCGGCCGCUGCUUUCCUGCCUGGUGGGGGGCGUCGGCUGCCUGCUGGCCCUGGGGCUGGAUCACUUCUUCCAAAUCAGGGAAGCUCCCCAUCAUCCUCGGUUGUCCAGUACCGCGGAGGAAAAAGUGCCUGUGAUCAGACCCCGGAGGAGGUCCAGCUGCGUGUCGUUCGGAGAAACUUCAGCCAGUUCCUAUGGCAGUUGCAGAAUGUUCAGGAGACCUUCAUUGCCUUGCAUUUCGAGAGAACAGAUGAUUCUUUGGGAUUGGGACUUAAAGCAGUGGUAUAAACCUCACUAUCAGAAUUCUGGAGGUGGAAGUGGAGUUGAUCUUUCGGUGCUAAAUGAGGCUCGUAAUAUGGUGUCAGAUCUUCUGGUUGACCCAACCCUUCCCCCGCAAGUCAUUUCUUCCCUCCGGAGUAUCAGUAGCUUGAUGGGUGCUUUCUCUGGCUCCUGUAGGCCAAAGAUUAAUCCUCUCACACCAUUUCCUGGAUUUUAUCACUGCUCUGAAAUAGAGGACCCAGCCGACAAAGGAGAUAGAAAACUUCACAAGGGGCUAAACAGUAGGAAUAGUUUAUCAACCCCACAGCUGAGAAGGAGCUCGGGAACCUCAGGUCUGCCACCUAUCGACCAGACUUCUCCAAGGUGGGAACGCAAUAAUGGCAAAAGGGCUCACCAAGAAUUUGGCAUUUUAAGUCAAGGAUGCUAUCUAAAUGGACCUUUUAGUUCAAAUCCACUGACAAUCCCGAAGCAAAGGUCAUCUUCUGUAUCGUUAACCCACCAUAUAGGUCUAAGAAGAGCUGGUACUUUACCCGGCCUGAAUUCUCCCAGUCAUGGACCAAUGUCUGCUGGCUCUCCAACUAACCGAUCGCCUAUAGAAUUUCCUGACACUGCUGAUUUUCUUACUAAGCCAAGUGUUAUUUUACACAGAUCUCUGAGCAAUGCACCCAAUUCACCAGAUUUUUAUCAGCAACUUAGAAAUUCUGAUAGCAAUUUAUGUAACAGCUGUGGACAUCAAAUAUUGAAAUAUGCUUCAGCAUCUGAACCAGAGGCUGGUACAGACUGCCACAGGGAAAAGUCAGGUGAUGAAGACAAUACCGUUUUCUCAAAAGCAUCAUUCAACCUUACGGAAGCUCAACAAGAAGUGGAAACAGAGAACAGAGACUGCAGAAAAUUACUUUGGGAAGGUGAUAAUCACCUAAAAGAAGAGGCACAGAAUGAAGAGCAACCAAAUAUUGAACAAGAAGCAUCACGGGACCUGAUUUUAAUAGAAGAUUAUGACUCAUUAAUAGAAAAUAUGAGUAACUGGAAUUUUCAAAUUUUUGAACUUGUAGAAAACAUGGGAGAGAAAUCAGGAAGGAUCCUCAGUCAGGUUAUGUAUACCCUAUUUCAAGACACUGGCUUAUUGGAGAUAUUUAAAAUUCCUACUCUACAAUUCAUGAACUACUUUCGUGCAUUAGAAAAUGGUUAUCGAGACAUUCCUUAUCACAAUCGUAUACAUGCCACAGAUGUCCUACAUGCUGUUUGGUAUCUGACAACACGGCCAAUUCCUGGUUUACAGCAGAUCCACAAUGAUCAUGGAGCGGGAAAUGAAACAGAUUCUAACGGUAGAAUUAACCCUGGGCGAAUUGCUUACAUUUCUUCGAGGAGUUGCUGUAUUCCAGAUGAGAGCUAUGGCUGCCUGUCUUCAAACAUUCCUGCAUUGGAAUUGAUGGCUCUGUACGUGGCAGCUGCCAUGCAUGAUUACGACCACCCAGGGCGGACAAAUGCAUUUCUAGUGGCUACAAAUGCCCCUCAGGCAGUUUUGUACAACGACAGAUCUGUUCUGGAAAAUCAUCACGCUGCAUCAGCCUGGAAUCUGUAUCUUUCUCGUCCAGAGUACAACUUCCUUCUUAAUCUUGAUAAUGUGCAAUUCAAGCGCUUUCGUUUUUUAGUCAUUGAAGCAAUCCUUGCCACAGAUCUUAAAAAGCAUUUUGAUUUCCUUGCUGAAUUCAAUGCCAAGGCCAAUGAUGUAAACAGUAAUGGUAUAGAAUGGAGUAAUGAAAAUGAUCGCCUGUUAGUAUGCCAGGUGUGCAUCAAACUGGCAGAUAUAAAUGGCCCAACAAAAGUUCGAGACUUGCAUUUGAAAUGGACAGAAGGCAUUGUCAAUGAAUUUUAUGAGCAGGGAGAUGAAGAAGCAAAUCUUGGUUUGCCCAUCAGUCCCUUCAUGGAUCGUUCUUCUCCUCAACUAGCAAAACUCCAGGAAUCUUUUAUCACUCACAUAGUGGGUCCCCUGUGUAACUCCUAUGAUGCUGCUGGUUUGCUACCGGGUCAGUGGAUAGAAGCAGAAGAGGAUGAUGAUACUGAAAGUUGUUAUGAUGAAGAAGAUGGUGAAGAAUUAGAUACAGAGGAUGAAGAAAUAGAAGACAACCUAAAUCCUAAACCACAAAGAAGGAAAGGCAGACGGCGAAUAUUUUGUCAGCUAAUGCACCAUCUCACCGAAAACCACAAGAUAUGGAAGGAAAUCAUAGAGGAAGAAGAGAAAUGUAAAGCUGAUGGGAAUAAACUACAGGUGGAGAAUUCUUCCUUACCUCAAGGAGAUGAGAUUCAGGUCAUUGAAGAAGCAGAUGAAGAGGAAGAGAGACAGUUGGAAUAAAAGAAAAGGCAUAUUGAAGAAGCCCUGAGGGCCGUGCUCAGUGCCGACGUCAUUGCCUAGUGCUCACCACGCUGGCUUGGAACCGACUGCACCUAGGUGGACAGGCGCUAACACUGUGAGAGGAUCCCUGCUGUGCCGGCAGUUUCCCACUCCCAUGCACUUUCACCACACGGACUAAAAGUAUCCUUGGAGCUUGGUUUCAGUUGACUUGUGUUGCCAAGCCCUUACUUAAUGCCUUUACUGGUGUAUAAAUAUUAAUACUUUGUCAUAAUACUGCUUUGCUGGCUAGAAGGCUCUUAUUUUUCAGGAGGGGGGAGCUAUAACUAAAAACUCAAGUGACUCACUUUAGUUUCCUAAGUGGCCAGAACCUUUUCCUUUCUUGAAGACAGGAUUAAAAAACAACAACAAAAAAUGGGAAUUCCCUGGCGGUCCAGUGGUUAGGACUCGGAACUUUCACUGCCAUGAAUCCCUAGUAGAGUUCAAUUCCUCAUCAGGGAACUAAGAUCCUGCAAGCUGAGCAGCACAGCUGAAAAAAAACCCAAAAACAAAAAACGCCACCAAAAAACAUGAUUCAUAUUGUACUUCCAAAUGUGUCUUUUAUGUCUUUGAAUGUUUGGGGGGGGAAAUGUCUGUGCCUAUCUAUAAAAAAGAAAUCCAGCGUUGCCUUUCUGAGGGAUCUGUUCAAUGCAGUAUACCGUUCAGUGCUGUUCUCCAGCUAGGUUUAUCCAUGAAGGACUGAGUAACCUUUGUUAUAUUUAACAAAAUCCAGGUGCAUCAAUUUUUGAUGCUUUUUACUGUUUUUUUUUUUAAUCUACUAUGUGUGUGUUCUUUCUGCUCAGAGCAUUCAGGUUUGCCGUGGACAUCAGAAGUCUGAAUUCCAGUCUUACUGACUUUAUAUCCCAUGGUUGAAUUUUAAAGCUGUUUAGGUUUAACAAUGAAGGAAUUUUAUUCUUUAGUCAAAACUGUUCUUAUUUUAACUCUUGCUCAGGAUUAGUAUUUUUAAACAUUUAUUUUAAUAUAAACACAGCACAGAUUUGUCAGAAGAAAAAAAAAUGUCCUAAUAUCAAUGUUAACCUUUUAUGAAAUGAGCAUUAUUCUCUCUUCUUAAAUUUGAGACUAAUUAAAGCCAAGGAAAAGGAGAUGUCUGUCUUUCGCCUUAAUACAAAAAUCAAAUGCAAUUAAUCCUAUCAAAGAUAAAGAACAAAUGAAAUAGCAUGAACUCUAAAGGUCACAUACAUUGAAUAAAUAAUUGAAUAUGUGCUUAAUCUUCAGAUCCAUAUCUUGGGUGUUGUGUGUUACUGUAAAACUGAUGCUCAUCUUUCUGUUAGUUUCCUUCUGCCUUGAGACUACAUGAAAUGACCUAUGACUACUCAAUACUUCUAGAGCUCAACUGCAAGUCUAGUUUCUGAGAUAAAGUAAAUGGUGGGAGUACUUAUUUAAUUUUUAUAUUUUAAAAACCUAAAUAUUUUAGUAAAUCAUUUUACACAAAAGCACAUUAAGAUAAUUACAAAGAAAAUGGGCCAUAUUUACAAUGUUUAUAAACUUGUUAGGGUCCAGAUAUAUACCCUAGUUGUGAAAAUUUUUUUGAAGAUAUAAAAUGCAGCCAGAAUGACAGCAAGACGGUAGACAAUAUUUUCCAUUAUUUUUGGAGACUGUAUUAUAUUUUGGAUCUGUGCAGCUCUUAUGAAGCUUUUUCAGUUUUCCAAGGUAAUUCUUUUUUAAAUUAAUUUUUACUGUAUAGUUGAUUUACAAUGUUGUGUUAUAGUUUCUGCUGUACAGCAAAGUGAAUCAGUUAUACAUAUACAUAUACCCACUCUUUUAGAUUCUGUUCCCAUAUAGUUCAUUACAGAGUAUUGAGUAGACUUCUCUGUGCAAGGUAAUUCCUUUAAAAUAUGAUGUCAGCAGGCAAUUUCUUACCUACCUAGAUUAUUUAGCUUAUCUGAAAGAUAUCAAUUAAAGAUCUACAUAAGUGUUGAAAGUUUUGAUCCUGUAUAGUAUCAUAAUAUUUAAUGAAUCACUAAGCUUUAUUUAUUAGAUACGGUGAGUGCUAGCUCCUUCCUACUACUUUUGCUACCAUUGCCACAUCACUGUAAACUGGCCUCUCAUUACUGAGUGAUAAAAUUUUAACUAAUUUAUUGAGUUUGCCCUUAUAAUGUCUAUAUCCUGUGCUUCUUGUUCUCUUGAGUACAUUUUACAUCCUGCAGAAGUAUAUUUCUGCUAUUGCAAACUACAUAUAUAUAUAUAAAUUCACACACAUGCAUGUGUGCAUAAUGACUCAAAUUUCCUUACUUUCUAUUUUAUUAAAAUUUUGUAUUGGGUUGUUUAGUGUAUAUUUUUAUUUUCUCAAAAGAAGCAUGUUUUUAUUCUGUUAAAAAUGCUAUUACUGAAAAUUCACUUAAGUAAUUUAACCCUGAAAUUAUUUAGCCUUUACAAAAUAAUUGGCAUAUAUUAAAUAACCCAAACACUAAAAAGUAUUCUUGCUGAAACUUAAAUUCAUAAAUUGUAAGAAAUGAAUGUGAGUGUAUGUUAAGUAUAAACAGUACUAUUAGAUGGAAUCUUACUUGAGAAAUUGUGGAAAGUCAUAUUGCAGAUCCUAUUUUGGUUAUUACUGAAUCAGAUUAAUUUUCUAAUUAGAAUCAUUUUCAUCAUGAAUUUGCUGUUGUUUUAAGUCACUGGUCUUAGAAAUAAUCUUGUAGUGCUAUAAUAUCUGUGUGCUUACUGACAUUUUUCUCCAUAAAAGUCUACUUUUUAAAGUUA